AUGGAAGUCCCAUACACGUGUGAUUCUGGGAUUGCAGAAACAUUUGAACAUGACCAGAUACUCAAUCGAAGUCAAUGGAAAGAGAUUUGGAAAUCUAACCUAGACCAUGUGAUGGUACCAUCUCACGAGAUAGAGGAGGCAUACUUGAGCGAUUUCCCUCGGCUAUGGGCAUGCCUCUGUCGAGUCAGUACCAAGUACCGUCUGACGGGCAUUAAUAUAGCCAGACAUCAUGCAGCUUACCCCUACUAUACCCCAAAUGAUCCGGGAAUGGCAAGAAUCGGUGGAAGGAAAGGUUCAGAUAAUCAAACAGUCGAUGAGAGAAGAACUAACCGAUUCGACAAUUCUGAUUUCACCCAAUUCUAUGCUGCAAACAUUGGAAGACAGCCCAGUCAAUAUAAAGGGAAGUUGCUUGGAUAUCUCAUCCAUGCCCAUUGCUGGGUGCUCUUCAGCCGAAUUGAAGGGCGGAAACUGAAAGAGGCUGAACUCGCUAAACUCAUUCAAGUCUGUCGGAAUCACUGGCGAAACAACAAAUUGUGGCGAUUAUAUGACUACAACGUGCGAUUCAUUGAACCUCGCCAGGUCCUAUCGGAGUUUGAGUAUGGCUUCGAUAUCUAUCAGAAUCCACUAGUCGUGCCCGAAGUUCAACAAGCCAUGAAUUGUGCAAAUGUCGAAAGUCUGCGGGAAUCAAGAAGCCGUCAUCUACCUUCUCAGUUCGGCAGCAUUCCAUUAGAAGUUGCCGUUCUGAUCGCUGAGCGGCUCUGUCCUAUCAAGCAUACCCUGGAGGAUAUAAAGAACACGGGGAAUAUGCUUCUGGCGUUCGGGUGGAAAUUACCUGAUUGGUUUUGGCAAGGACGAUUGGACGAGCGCUUGUUCAUUGAAUUGGAUAAAUUCAAGAAGGCGAGAUCUCCAGUAGGUUGGCAAUUGCGACUGAAUUUAAUUUCCAGUAGUCUAGCGAGUCGUGAACGAGUGCUUGGUGUUAUGCUUGAUGUUGAGAAAGCUAUCUGA